AACACAAAAUAAACAACAAGUGCAGGGGGUAAUUAUGGGAGUUCGCGGCCUUACUAGCUAUAUAGCGCAGCGCGCUGAGAUCUAUCUGAAGCCGUACGAGCUGCACUCCACAGCCCUGGUGAUCGAUGGGGAUAAUUUGGCCUGCAAUCUGUACAAAGAUGUCACCGGCUGCUACUCGGCCUUUGGCGGGGACUACGAUGACUUCUAUCGCGCUGUGUUGCAGUUCUUUCAGGUCCUGGACGAGUGCAGCAUCCGUCCCUAUGUGCUCAUGGAUGGUGGCUACGAGGAGCGCAAAUUGCAAACCGUUGGUAAGCGACUGAGGGGCAAAAUCUCCGUCAUCAAGAAGAUCAAUCCAAAUGCCUCCAUUACCCUGUUCCCGCUGCACCUGAAGGAGGUAUUUGUGGAUGCCGUUAAAGACUGUGGAGUUCCCAUCAUGCGCUGCGUAUUCGAGGCGGAUGACGAACUGGCGGCCUUGGCCAGGAAGCUCAACUGCCCCGUGCUCUCGUACGACUCGGACUUCUACAUCCACAACGUCAAGUACAUACCCCUGAUCACGCUCACCGUCAAGGUGCUGACCAAGCAGGUGAAGCAGCACUCCAAGCCGAAGGAUACACAGGACUUGCGUCGCGCCCAGGCGAAACACAUGGAAAAGCGGACAAAAGCCAACAAAAUUUUGGGCGGCAUACAGACCCCUGCUCCGGCUACGGUUCCUGCGAAGCCUGGAAAGACCUACAAAUAUCUGGAUUGUUGCAUCUAUCGCGUGGAGCAUCUGUGCGGUCGUGGCACCCUCAGUGCGGAAAAGCUGCCGCUGUUCGCCGCCCUUUUGGGCAACGAUUAUAUAGCCCGUUCUGCCUUUAGGAACUUCUUUUCUGCAGGAAUGGGCAAGGCGGGACGCAGCAAGAAGUUGAAGCAGCAGCAGCGACGCAUUCGGGUAACCCUCCAAUGGCUGCGCGGGGAGACAGCAGAGUCCGCCUUGGCCAAGGUCCUUUCCAGGCUGAAAAAGUCGCAAAGGGAUUCGCUGGUGGCACAGGUGAACGCCGCCAUUGAGGGGUACUCAAAUGAGUUGUGCCACGCGUACGACUUCUUUGAGGAUCACUAUGAGAAUGCCUUCCCCUACUUCGAGCCAGUCAGUGAGGAGGAACAGAGUGACGAAGAAGACCCUCUGGGCUUGGAUGAUGACUCUUCCGACGCAGACGGAGCAGAGGAAGAGGGGGAGCAGCAGGAAGAGAACGAAAACAAGCCAGCUCCUGGUGAAAACGAAGCAAAAUCAAACAGCGAGGAAGAUGAAGAGGAACCGGAAGGCGGCCCCGAACUAGAAGUGGAAGAUAAAACCCUGCUGUUCCCGCAAUGGUUCCUGGACAAACUCUACCCGGGGCAUCUAUCCCGCUUCUUUGUGGACCUACUGCACCUGCGAAAGUACAUCAAUAACCCACAGAUCGAGCACUUUCCCCACCACGACUCCAACGAGUUGGCUCUUCCCAUUCUCAACUAUGUGUUUGCGUUGCUCCAUAAUGUGGAGGGCUCCAAGACAGAGCCACGCGUGAAUGGCGAGGGUGUCGUCCUGCCCAUUGAGUACACAUACCUCACGCGGGCUGUGAGGGUGACCAAUGUGCGAUACCAUAAGAUGCCCAUCGAGAAGCCGCUUGCCUAUACUUUUGUGCCUUCCGCACCGGAUGCCCGGCACCUGAGAGCGGUGUUCGAAUCAAAAGUGCCUCAUGCCAAGACGGAGCAACUGUUUGCGCAGCUGGAAAGACUGCCGGAGGAUCUGCGGCUGUACUUUCUGGCCAUUGUCUACUGGUUGCAUCGCUCGGAGCACUGCGACCUGCUGCAUCUCCAUGCCUUGCUGCUCUGUCUGGUUGUCCUGCGAACCAUAGAUGUGACCAUUCCCGCCGAGAGGGAGGUCAAGUCCUUUCAUCGACGUUUCGGCAAGAUCCUCAAGCAAGAGAGGGCCGUGCGGGACAAAGAAGCAGCCGAGGGCAUCAAGAGGGGUGUGAAACCCUCCCUCUUGGAUCUGCCCGUGCCUGAGAGGAUGGCGCAUGUGCCCAAAUCGGAUUGUUACCUUGUGCAGGAGCGUCUCCUGCCCCACUUUCACAUGCAGGAGAUCUUCAAGAAGAAGUUCGAUCUAUACUCCACAACGGUGCUCCAUGCUUUCGCAGAGUUCCAGGCGGUGGUCUACCAACUAAACGGCCUGAAUUCCCUUCUGGAUCACCCACUGCCGAGUCCUCGAAUGAACCAGCUCUACUGCGGAGCUUUUCUCUACAAUCUCUACGAUCUUCUGAGGAAUCGCCCGGAUGUGCGUUACCACGUGGAGCACUACCUGCUCUCCGACUCCCAGUUGAUGUUCGACUUCUAUUGCUAUCUUUUUGACUGGUGUGCGGAUUUCAUUCCCUCCUGGAAGCAGACGGAGGUGGAUCAGGCCGCCCUCAAAGUCCAGCAAAAGAAGCGCUUCAAAAAGGAGCGUCAGGCGGCGAGAAAGGCAGCCGCAGCGAGUGCCUCCACAGAGACAGCAGAUCCCAAUGCGGAUAUGCUACGAGCGCCGGUAGAGGAUCCCGAGCCCGAGGAUGAUUUUUUCGAUUUAAAUAACAAAUUCUGUGCGCUUAAAGUUGCUUAACUGAGGAGCGCACGUACAUUUUUUUGCUAAUUAAAUCAACGUUAAAUUGUUUAGGAA